AUUUUUUUUUGUUUUUACUUUUUCUUUUAUGAGGUAGUUCAUGAUAGAGUAGGCUCCUAUAUUUUAAAGUUGAAUUCAGCUGUGUGGGGAAUGAAUAAUUGCCCGGAGAUUUCGAUGCUUUGUUCUCACCGAAACAUCUUUCCACUCCCCUUGCUUGUCUCGCUCCUCCAAUGCUGAAAAUUCAUAGCUACUUCUUUUAAUUGAAACACACGUACACCCACUAAGCAAUUUUGUCUUCUACAGUUUGACCUUUGAAGAAUCUUUUAUCUAUCUCUUCAAGGUUUCACCCAUGAUGCUUGCGAGUUCUUGUUCUGUACCAAUUUCCUGCAAUCCGAGGCUAGCUUCGAGUUUUUUGCAAUCCAACCAACAUAGGUUGAUCAGCUGCCGGCUUCUCUUCAAGAAAGGUGGCAGAUUUCUUAGCAGAAGUCAACGAGUUUACUGCGAGUCUCAGACAAAUGAUGUGCAGAUCAGAAAAUUUGCUCCUGUUUUGGAAAGUGAAAUAGCAUCAGAAAAUGGGAUCUUACCAUCUAAUGACUGGAAAACAGUUCCUGAUAUUUGGAGGACUUCUGCUGAAAAAUUUGGUGAUCGUGUAGCAUUGGUGGAUCCGUAUCAUGAUCCUCCAACAAAUAUGACCUAUAAACAGCUAGAGCAAGAGAUCUUGAAUUUCUGUGAAGGCUUAAGGGUCAUAGGAUUGAAAGCAGAAGAAAAGAUCGCCCUGUUUGCUGAUAAUUCAUGCCGAUGGCUUGUUUCAGACCAAGGUAUUAUGGCCACUGGAGCAAUCAACGUUGUCAGAGGUACAAGGUCAUCUGUUGAAGAGCUUUUGCAGAUAUACAACCACUCUGAAAGUGUUGCUCUUGUGGUAGAUGAUCCUGAAAUGUGCAAUCGGAUUUCAGAGACCUUCGAAUCUCGAGCCACUGUAAGGUUUAUUGUUUUGCUAUGGGGAGAGAAGACAAACAUAAUCAAUGAAGCUGCACCAGAAGUUCCUAUUUAUAGUUAUAAGGAGAUAAUAAAUAUGGGUUGUGAAAGUCGUGAAGCUUUACAUCAUUCUGAAGAUGCUAGGAGAAAGUUCACUUAUGAAACUAUAAGGACUGAUGAUAUUGCUACACUUGUAUAUACAAGUGGGACAACUGGUAAUCCUAAAGGUGUUAUGCUUACGCACAAGAAUCUGCUGCACCAGAUUAAAAACUUAUGGGACAUUGUGCCAGCUGUUCCUGGGGAUAGAUUUCUGAGCAUGCUGCCGCCUUGGCAUGCAUAUGAACGAGCUUGUGAGUAUUUCAUAUUUACUCUUGGAAUUGAGCACGUAUAUACUACAGUCAAGAACCUAAGGGAUGAUUUGCGCCGAUACCAACCUCAUUAUGUUAUUUCUGUUCCCUUGGUAUAUGAAACACUUUACAGUGCGAUCCAGAAGCAGAUCAAAACUAGUUCAGCUGUUCGUAAACUUGUUGCUCUUUUAUUCUUAAAGAUCAGUUUCACAUACAUGGAGGCAAGAAGAAUUUAUGAGGGGAAAUGUCUGACCAGAAAUCUUGAACAACCUUCCCACAUUUCUGCAGUGUUUGACUGGUUAUGGGCAAGGAUCAUUGUUUUAAUAUUGUGGCCACUACAUAUAUUAGCAAAUAAAAUUGUCUAUAGCAAAAUUCAAUCCGCGGUUGGAAUUUCAAAGGCUGGUAUAAGUGGAGGCGGCAGCUUGCCCCCACAUGUUGACAGGUUCUUUGAGGCUAUUGGAGUAAAAGUUCAAAAUGGAUAUGGCCUAACAGAAUCAUCUCCUGUGGUAGCAGCUCGAAGACUAAACUGUAACGUUCUUGGUUCAAUCGGACAUCCUCUUAAGCAUACAGAAAUAGAAGUGUUUGAUCCUGAAACGGAUGUCGUUCUCCCUUAUGGAUCAAAAGGCAUUGUCAAAGUAAGGGGUCCGCAAGUGAUGAAGGGUUAUUACAAGAAUCCCUCCGCGACAAAAAAAGCUAUAGAUGAAGAUGGCUGGCUGAAUACUGGGGAUAUUGGCUGGAUCUGUCCUCCUCAUUCUAGAGGACGAAGUCGUCAAUCUGGUGGGGUUAUUGUUCUAGAAGGACGUGCAAAAGAUACAAUAGUCCUUUUGACAGGUGAGAAUGUGGAGCCGGCAGAGAUUGAAGAAGCUGCUCUUAGAAGUAGCCUUAUUCAACAGAUUGUCGUCAUUGGCCAGGAUCAACGACGACUUGGAGCUAUCAUUGUCCCAAACAAAGAAGAAAUCCUAUCACAAGCUAAAAGGUUGGCUAUGGUGGAACCUGAUGUUGCAAGAGCUUAGCAAGCAGAAACAGACUAUCUACUGCAUGAGGAGUUGAGAAAAUGGACCUCGGACUGUUCGUUUCAAGUUGGACCAAUCCUGGUGGUUGAUGAUCCUUUCACGAUUGAUAGUGGUUUAAUGACUCCUACCAUGAAAAUUCGAAGAGAUCGUGUCGUGUCUUUGUACCAAGAGCAGAUCGACAACUUGUACAAAGGAAUUGUCUAAUAGACGUUGGUUUUGUGUGUGUCUGUCUGUGUGAGAGAGAGAGAGAGAGAGAGAGAGAGAGACUUUAGCCUUCUGGUAGUUAGAAUUAAGAGGGAAGAAGAAUCCUAUACAUAAUCACAAGAAUUUGUAAGAAAUAAAAUUUAUUUUAUAUGUUUCUGCUGCAAAGUAUGUUUGCGAGUAUCAUAGUAAAGACUAUUUAUCCAGAAUAUAUGGAGUUGCUAAUAAAA